AUGAAUGAAUAUAAUAAAACCAAAUAUUUGGAAUCCCAAAUUAAAAGUUUCAAUGAACGUCCUCACAAAAUCCGUCGCGAUCUUUGGAAACCUAUAUUAGCAAUUUCAGGAUUUUCUUCUUAUACAUCAGUAAUAGCCACCAACAAUAUAGUAAGAGAUAAACUUCUCAAUUAUCCUAAACCUGCUGAUUACCUUAAAUUAAGACGUAAAGAACGUAUGAAAGAUGAUAUGGAUCAAUUAGAGAAAAGUGUUUGUAGUUUAUGUUAUGCUUUAAAUAAAGUUGUAUAUACUAAAGGUUAUGAAUGGGAUGCUUCAAGUAAUUUAAUUAUAUAUUGGGAAAAUCCAGAAUUAAAAGAAGUACCAACGAAAGUAGGAUUAACUUGGCCAAAAUGUGUUAAACAUCAAAAAUUAUUAAUUAAACGAGGUACCAUUCCAUUAAAUCAAGAAUUUAAAGUAAUUCAGAAACCUGAAGAAGUUAGAGAAGAAAUUAGAAAAACUAGAUAUUUGAAAUCAAGACGUGGUAGAAUUGAAUCAGAGAAAAAAGAAGAGAAACUGAAACUUAUGGAAAGAUUAGCUAGCAUUCCAAAGCUUAGAGAGAUUUUAGAGGCGAAUGCGAGAGGAAGAAAUCAAUUAAAUCAAUUUAAAAUGAUCGAUAGUAUUAAUAAUAAAAAUUAG